AUGCACAGUCUAGCGAUGGGGACGAGCCGCGGCCACGUGGCGGUGUGGGUGGUGGAGGUGGUACGAGACAAGGAGGUCAGCAAGGACGUGCUACUCACAGCCAUCGAGGACGCGCAUCAAUGCGCCUUCCGCGUCGCCUUCAACCUCGUAUCUGUCUUGACUGCUGUCCCAUCGUCCAGUAAGUUGAAAAUUUUAGAGUCGAAAGGAGGUCAAAAGGAGGUCAGCAAGGACGUGCUACACACAGCCAUCGAGGACGUGCAUCAAUGCGCCUUCCACGUCGCCUUCAGCCUCGUCUCCGUCUUAACCGCCGUCCCGUCGUCCACGGGUGGCGAGCUCCCGAUUUCGCAGGCGGACGCGCGGUCGUUGCAGCAGAUGGAGAACAACAUCUUCCAAAACAUCCUCGUGCCCUUCAAGACCUUCUCCGAACGCAAGCAUAUCCCAGCAGCCAUGCACGUGGAGAAGAACGACAGGCGGGAGGAUGGGCUGGUGCACGUGGCAACCUCCUUCCAGGCCACCCGCCUCUACAUCGGCUCCAAGAAGAAGCUCUUUGGCAAGUCGUCCCACGUGCCUGACUACUGCAGCGGCCACCUACCAGACACCUGCACGCUCAUUGUCGUGCAGGGGGGGCGCAAGAUCAGAGAAGCGCCAGGCGCAGCUGGCCCCCCUCCCAACCUGCCCGCCCGCUCCGCUCGCCACAACAACCCUCCUCUUCCCCAGCAGCAAGCCCAGCAGCGCGCCGAGCUCGUACACCCCUCCCCACACAGCAAAGCUCCCACGUCCCAGUAUCCUCCCCAGCAGCAGGCGCAUUGGGCUCAGCCGCCGCUGCAAGCCCAGCAGCAUGCGGACCCGUCACACCCCUCCCCACACAGCCAAGCCAACGCUCCCCACUAUCCUCCCCAGCACAUGCAGCGGGCUCAGCUGCCCCUGCAAGCCCUCCCAGGGCAGCAGCAGCAGGCUCAGCAGCAGCUUCAGCAGGCUCAGCAGCAGCAGCAGCAGCAGCAGCUUCAGCAGGCUCAGUUUUUGCCACGGGCUGGCAGUGGUAACGGGUCGGAUGGCACUGCUGCUGCUGUUUACGCUGACGCUGGUCAUGCUGCUGCUGCGGAUGCUGGUAGGGGAGGGGGGGCAGGCGGGGCAGGGGGCUCGUCGCAGGUUAUCUGUGACUCUGGUGUUGCUGCUGCUGCUGUCUCCCCUGCUGGUGUUGUUUCUCCCUGGGGAAUGGGAGGCGGUGUGAAUGGGUUAGGAGGGAUGGGUGGCAUGGGUGGCAUGGGUCCAAUGGGUCCAAUGGGUCCCAUGGGUGGUAUGGCUGGCAUGGGUGGCAUGGGUGGCAUGGGUGGCAUGGGUGGCAUGGGUGGUAUGGGUGGUAUGGAUGGGAUGGCUGGCGUUGGUGGCAUGAAUGCCAUGGGUGUCAUGAGUGGUUUGAGUGGCAUGGAUGGCAUGGGCGGCGGCAUGGGCGGCGGCAUGGGCAGCAUGAACGGCAUGGGCAGCAUGGCCGGCAUGGCUGGCAUGGGCGGCAUGGGUAGCAUGGGCGGAUUUGGUGGUGGCAUGGGUGGCAUGGGUGGCAUGGGCGGAUUCCCAGCUGCUUCCUCUCUUGGUGCCCCUGCUCUCACCCAUCUUUCCUCCAGCCCCACUGAUAGCCAUAGCACAGGCACUUCCUCUCUUCCUGGAUUCUCCACAACUUCCACCACUGUGGGUACUAAUGCUGCUGCGGCAGGCGGUUUCCCGAACCAGGGACUGCUUCCCGGCUCGGGAACAGACUCGGGCAGCGGCGGCAGCGCCGGCAGCCGCGGCAACCCCAGGGCGUAUGGUGCGCUCACUGCUUCCCGCCACCACGCCUCCACCCGCAUGGGCGCCCCUAUGCCAAUCCCUGGGAGGGUUUCCCCUGCUCUUGACGCAGCAGACGCUAGGGCGGUAGUGGCCGCACAACAACAGCAGCAGCAGCAACAACAGAGGCAGCAGAUGGCUGAGUUAAAUCUGAGGUCUGGUAGGGUUUCGUCUGGUGGCGAGGCUGACAUUGGGGCGGCAGUGGCAGCGAUGCAGCCGCAGCGGCAGCAGGGAGAGCAGCAGCAGGCGGGGCAGCAUGCGGGACAGCAUGCCGGGCAGCAGGCGGGGCUGCAGCAGGACGUUCAUGCGGUGAUGCGGCAGCAGCACAUGGAUCAGAUGGAGAUGUUUCGUAUGCACCAGCAGGCCCAGCUCGCGUUUCACCUGCAGCAGCAGCAGCAGCAACAGCAGCUGCUGCAGAGCCGAGCGGAGCAGAAGACGCAGCAGCAGACAGAGCAAAUGGAGCAGACACAGCAAGCACAGCAAGCACCGCUGCCACAGCAAGUGAGACGGGCGAGCACAAUGCCUGGCAAUGUAGCUGAUGCUUCAAUGGCUGUUUCCACCCUCGGGGUUACAACCAGUGAUACCCCCUCUGCUCCCCCUUCAGCAGCCGCCCCAGCGCCAGUCGCAGCCCCGUCCCCCUCUGCUGCUGCUGCUGUUGCUAAGGAGGAAUAUGCGUUAGAACGAGUGAAGAAGCAGCAGGAGUUCCGGCAGUACACUAUAGAGGAACUGGAGGCAGCUUGUAACGGAUUUUGUGAGGAGAACCUGGUGGGGGAGGGCGGGUACGGGUCGGUGUAUAAGGGCAUGCUGGAACACUUCCCUGUGGCUGUGAAGGUGCUCAAGAACGCCCAGACGAACCAGGCUCUCAAAGAGUUUAAGAAAGAGGUGCUCAAGAACGCCCAGACCAACCAGGCUCUCAAAGAGUUCAAGAAAGAGGUGAGCGGAAAACGAGGUGGAGGUGCAGAGGGGGCUGAGGCACCCCACCGUAGUGCUGCUGAUCGGGUGCUGCCACAACCCGCCGUGCCUUGUCUACGAGUGGAGGUGCAGAGGGGGCUGAGGCACCCCACCAUAGUGCUGCUGAUCGGGUGCUGCCACAACCCGCCGUGCCUCGUGUACGAGUACAUGCCUCAGGGCUCGCUCUAUGACAGGCUACUGUGCGACCGCGGCUCCCCGCCCCUGCCCUGGAACGUGCGCUUUGAGAUCUUUGAGAACAUGUGCAAGGCGCUCAUUCACCUGCACAACCGGGGCUGCUCCCCCCUCGCACCGCCCCUGCCCUGGAACGUGCGCUUUGAGAUCUUUGAGAACAUGUGCAAGGUGCUCAUUCACCUGCACAACCGUGCCUCGUGGGCAUGGACAACGGCCGCUCCUUCAUGCAGCAGUCCAUGGCUCGUCCCUGCCAUAGUGCAUCUGGAUCUCAAACCCGCUAACGUGCUCCUAGACAACAAUUUCGUGGCCAAGCUAGGCGACGUGGGCCUCGCUCGUUUUCUAGUGGGGAUGGACAACGGCCGCUCCUUCAUGCAGCAGUCCAUGGCGGUCGGCACGUUCGGCUACGUGGACCCGCACUUCCUCCGCACCGGCCAGUUCUCUCGCGAGUCCGACGUGUAUUCCCUCGGCAUGGUCAUGCUCGACAUGCUGAUCGGCAUCAAUGAGACGUCGGGGGAACGGGGGAAGAGGGACAGAGAGUUGGAGGCGUUGGAGGAGUGUGAGGAGGGCGGGGAUAUGGAGGCGUUGGGGGAGUUGUUGGAUCUGUCGGCUGGGUGCUGGCCGCCACGUGUCGCGCUGCGGUUGGUGCAGCUGGUGCGGCAGAUGGCGCAUUACAAGAGGAAGGCUCGGCCGGACCUGAGCAAGCAGGUGAUGGUGGUGGUGGAGGAGCUGCGCCCCUAUGUAGAUGCUGCAGUGGCGCUGGAGAGGGCGGACCGCAUGGAUGACUACCGCGAUUUCGUUCCCAACGAGUUCCGAUGCCCCAUCACCAUGGGCAUCAUGGAGAACCCUGUACUAGCAGCAGAUGGGCACACGUACGAGAGGGAGGCCAUAGAGCAGUGGCUGAGCGUGCACCACACCUCGCCCAAGACAGGCCGCCGCCUCGACAGCAAGGCGCUCACUGACAACAUAGCCGUGCGAUCCAUGAUUGCCGAGUGGCUGGAGCACCGGCUGCAACGGAGAGAGUCGCAUAAUCUUGAAAGCCUGAUGAGUGGCGAGCAAGCGGACGGUUACCACCCGGGUGGUUACGCGGAUUCACGCGACAUGCCUCUUCACGGCGCAGGAGGGAAGCCUAUGCAAGCAGGGCAGCAAAGGUACUAUGAAGGCGGGGGUGCUGCAUCGGGGGAUUAUAUAGGCAGUGAUGGUGUAGCUAGUGGUGGAUUUGCAGGUGGUGGGGAGCUUUACAGAGAGACAAGGAACGGAGGAGGGGUGUAUGUUGGCGGGGAUUAUAUGGAGAGGUUGAGAGGGGGGUGUAGGGUGGUGGAGGAGGGGAGUGAGUGGGACGAGGAGGAGGAAGAGGAGGGUGAGGGCGGCAUGAUGCGUCCUGUAGUGGAGGGGUGUGCGGGAGGGCAUAUCCAACCUGAUGCAGCUUCAGAGGACGAAUCGGUUCAAGGAGAAUUGAGGCGGACCUAG